AGAUGUAGUCUUUCCUACAUCGAUCGUAGAGGGCGGGUAAGUAGUUUGCCGCGAUGUAUACAUUGGCUACAGGGACGCAUGAACAUCACCUGUAAUGGUGAAUAGAAGGAUUACAAGCCCGACAGAUCUGCUAAUAUAUAUAUUUUUACUUUGUGAAUUGUUCAUCCAAUAAUUAACUGGACAGUAUUAUAAUGGAAAUUUGUUUUAACACAUCAAAUAUGGUGGUUCCAGUGCGUCAAGCUAUGGAUAAAAACCGCUAAAUGGAUUGCAUUGACAUACGCCGACAGUGAUUUGAUUAUUUUGGUUAUUACAAUAAUUAAGAAGGAAAGUAUAUCUCGUCCAUCUUUUAUAAAGACAUGCACUCAUGAGAAGGAAAGGGGGUCACUGUGUCUGCUGAAAGUAUUCAGGUUAAUGGCGUAGAUAUUAAAAGGUCCAUACAGCGUUUACGAUAAAUCGUGUGUAGUUAAACUGUAAUCAUUUCGCAGCCGACGGUAUGACAGGGAACAUUUUCACCACUGAGGCGUUGUAUAGAGUUCGCCAAUAACACAAAACCUCACGAGGAUGUAUUCAUCAGCAGAAGCUUUAUAGCUCCGUGGGGCCUAAACAUGGAGCAGCAGCUGUUCUCGUCAAAAUAACACAGACUUAACAGUGUUGUUCUGACAAGGAAUUAGGCCGGUCUGCAGGCUGGCGAUACAAUCUCAGCUUUCAUAUUCUUCAAAUGAAAAGAGAGUAUCGAUAACAAUGUCGUCGUUGAACACUUUGGAUGUAACCUGUUGAUUGUGAGGUGUGGUGUGUUGUAUACUAACUUUGAUAGAGCUCCUUACAGUUUAACGCACCUUGAAGAUGAAGCGACAGAACGUUCGUACCUUGUCUUUGAUUGUAUGUACUUUUACUUACCUCCUGAUAGGGGCAGCCGUGUUUGACGCCCUGGAAUCUGAGUACGAAUUAGAAAACAGGAGGCGUCUGUUUGCUGAGGAGGACGAAAUACUCACAAAAUACAAUAUUUCAGAAGUCGACUUUAAAAACAUUCAACACAAUGUUAUCUGGUCCCGUCCUUACCAGGAAGUCAUCCAGUGGAAAUUCGGAGGUGCUCUAUACUUUUCCUUGGUAGUGGUGGCAGUGAUAGGUUAUGGACAUAGCACACCAAAGACGUUCUGGGGCAAGACCUUCUGUAUGUUCUAUGCUCUGAUAGGGAUUCCAUUAUGUAUCAUCAUGUUUCAAAGCGUUGGUGAGCGAUUGAAUACAUUCGUGACUUUUGUCUUGAAACAAAUUAAAAAAUGCUUUCGUUUCAAAAACUCGGAGGUUUCACAAACAGAUCUAUUUUUUGUGACUAUGAAUUUAUCAACAAUAAUUAUAACUACUGGAGCUUUAGCAUUUUCUCAUGUAGAGGGCUGGAAUUACAUUGACGCGUUCUACUACUGCUUCAUCACGCUUACUACAAUAGGCUUUGGUGAUUUUGUGGCGUUGCAGAAAGACUACAUGGUCCAGGAGAAACCUCAUUAUUUUGCGUUUAGCAUUCUCUUCAUUCUGUUUGGUUUGACUGUUAUCUCUGCCGCUAUGAAUCUUUUAAUCCUUCGUUUUGUGACAAUGAACACCGAGGACGAACGCCGGGAUGAAAUGGAAGCUGCAGUUGCCGCCCAAAAUGCAGUGCGACUAGAAGGUGACGUUAUAACCGGAAAUGGAGGUGUAGUUUCAAACGCACAAGAGCGUCCAGAGUUUAAUGAUACACUAUCUGUUUGCUCCUGCUCGUGCUACAAGUGGACAUCACCACGUGACAAAGUUUACACGUCCAGCCCUUUGGCUAAUCACAAGAGUGGGAAAAGAAAGAGUAGGUCUUCUGCGGCCAACGCAACAGAGUGUUCCAAAGAAAUGGAUAGUACCAUGUCUGAGGACACAGAGUCCUUCCUUAAUUGGCAGAGGAAUAAACGUGCCUCGUUAUAGGGAAGAUCACAUCUCUCAGAGGGUUUACCUGAAAAAUAUGAGCAUUAUUACCUAAACUUUAAGUAAAAGGUCAAAAGUGAUUUGCGUUUUAUCUCCAAGUUGCUUUAAUAAGAAACCUGAAUUUGGUUUAAAGCAUACUUUUAUAGGUUAAGUAAGUGGUGUAUCGAUGUAUGAAGUCGGGUUAUGAAAAGAGAUGUUCACUGUUCGGUGUUUACCUCGAUAAAUAAGUUGAUAAAAUAGAAUAAAUAAUUAUUCUUUUCAAUAGAGACGCUGUAUUACUCCCCAAAUAAAAGUUAAUUUUGAAAGAAUAAUAUACCAUAUACAGACAGUUCUUGGAAGUAGAAGUAUUUGAUACAAGUAAGAAAGUAAAGAGGUGCAUACUGUGUUAACCAAGCACAUUUCGUGGGUGAAAUAGACGUUGUCUAUACACUCGAAUGUUCGGUAAAAUGCCUUCUGCUAAAUCUAUAAAAUAAAUUGAUUAUAUUUUUACAUUGAUAUAUAUUAAUGAAAACGUCUGAGAGAUUAUUUGUAAACAAACAAUGCUAUGAAGUAGUGUAAGUUAUAAAUAACAAUGACAGCUGUGUGAUAAUUAUACAAUGCGAAUUGAGACGGUAACGGGAGAAAAUUUGAUCCGGGAAACCUGUCUCAUUAUACAUUGGUAUACUCACACAAUUUAUGGUACACCAAAUUCCUUUCAUUGCUUUAUCUGAAAAAAAAAUUAGAGAUGUUUACUGCGCCUUGUAAAUACGAAGUCUUUUAUUGUUGUCGUGGUUUCCAAACACUUAUAUUGACGAUUAUCAGAGUGAUCUCAUUCGAUCGAUAUCGGCAAACUCGCUGAAGCUCAUUUCCUAAAACGAUAUGUAAUGGAAUUGUUUCACCUGCACUGCCACAAAACUUUUUCUGAGUUCCUGCCACAUUAAGACUCACUACGGCCGUUCAUCCGGGCAAACAAAAGCUGACUACCAGAAAUCAAAAAGGUUCAUGUAAGUUUUAUUCAUGAUGCAUCGAGAGUUGUGAGUGUUGAGACAUCGCCAUUACAUAUACUAAGUAGCUUAUCGUUGAAAUGACGAUGUUCAAAUUAUCGUCAUUGAUCACUUGAUUUGACAAGCUGUUGUAAUACCAAGGACAUAUGUGCUGGACAUAAAAUGUACGGAUCAAUAUCGUCAAUUACUCAUGGCCGUUCAGUAGUGUUAGAUAGCAUCAAAAUAUCUGAAGCACAGGCAGUCAAUACGGUAUACAAAUUGUACAUUGCAUAACAGGUUAUUACGACUGUACGGCUGAACAGUGUUAGCAAUACAGGAAGCAGUAUACUUCGUCCGUAAACUGAUAUCUAUUAUUUUUAUCAUAAGAUCUACAUGUUCAUAUGUACAAAUAUGUAUAUAAGCUGUAUAGACAAUUGACUCUGUCUGCCUGCAUUGGAGAAUAACAUGAACAAGUAUCAAUAAGUGGAUACUGGUUGAUGUUGUGAUAAGCGCUUGCAGUGCCGAGAGCUAAUUCUGUACAUCUUCUGUUAGUGAGAUUGUGUAAGUCAAUUAAGUAAAUCAGAUAUAAUGAACACCAAACACUAUACAUAUGAGAAGCACAUAUAAUCGGAUUGACUAGUCCGGUUACCAGUGAUCGACGUAAAAUAUGUUGGACACAUGUACAACGGGUUCAUGUCAUUCACUUUAUAUUUUCCAGGAUUAUAUUUUCUCAUAUACUAACUUCGUACAACAUCUUGAACAACUUUUGAUACGAAGUUAUGUUUAUCAUUAUUGUUUGGUGUAUGCUUGGCAAUAAACCGUCAUAUUUCAUGUGUGACAAUCGACAGUAUUAAUAUAUAAUAAUCAAAAAAUUCGGAUAGUCACUAUGAUAAAAUAUAACAAUUAAAGACAAAUAGGACACCUGUAUGGUAUUAAUAUGUACACAGCAAUGUGCCAUACAAUGGAUGUAUGUGUAAUUGUAUCGCUGGAACUAUUGUUUUGUUGUUGUUAUUGUUGUUGUUUUAUAGAUAAAUGAUCUCGUGGAA